GAAGAAAAGUGGUUAAGGGCGGAGUCAAACCGACUUGGCGGCCAUACUGAAUGUUGUCUGUUGACAGUUAGUCGUAUAAGGCUCAAACAUUUUAGUAAAACUAAGUAAGUAUUGGAUUAAAGAAGUAGAGUGGCUUUCCUUCCGGUACUGGGACGGAUGGCCUAGACUGUCAUCGACUGCAUUAUCAAGCUAUGGAUGAAGCUGAACGACAAAAGAAGUUAGAAGCUGGGAGAGCCAAGCUUGCUAGUUUCAGAAAGAAGCGGGCGAAAAGCGACGGUGCGAGGGCGGCGAAAAAGACGCAGAAGGGGAAGGGCCAGACUGUCUCGAAGAAUGACUGCUCAACGCAAGACCGUUGGGUAGAACCCCCUCUGCCACCGGUCAGUGCUACAGGGCUAGAAGGCAGGACGGAUUCAGAGGGGGGCUCAAACUCUGAGAAGUCAGAAAAUCAGCAAAAUGACCAACAAGAGGAUCAGUGCUCUAGUCCGGAGCGAAGCCUUUCCCCUGUAGAAGACCUGAUAGAAGAGGAGCUGGAUGCACUUACUGGCAAAGAGCAGCUCAAGCUUUUGCAGCAGGCCGUUGAGAAGCGAAAUGAAAUCAUUUCCAAGCUCAGCCAUAACCUGCAAGAAGCCCUUGCAAGUAGAGACCAGGUGCAACUGGAGGCUCAGUCUCUUGCUGGACAGAUUCAGGCUCUGCAGAAACAGCUCCAGCAGACCAGUGUAGAGUUCCUGCGAAUAAAAGGUCACUCGGGGGCUGAAGCCUUUGGUGUUGUAGAGCAUCACCAUGGACUUUCUUCCCAAGCUACUAACAUCAAGCAUAACGAGGCAACACCAGAGGGACCAGGAAAUGCCAGUCAUGGCUCCCAGCAGAGCCCUGAAGGCUUCAGUACAGACAGCGACACUGAGACGGACACUGUUCUACACAAGCUGAUGUUUGAGCUGGAAGAAGAAAGGAAGAAAAACCAACGCAUAAGUGCUGAACUAGCAAAGGAGAUGGAGAGAAACCUUCACGUGCUUUCAUUGUUGGAGGAGGUGAAGCAAGGGAGGGAAGAGGAGAGAAAGGAAAGGGAGGCCCAACUGCAAGACCUCCAGACCCAGUUAAGCCAAGUACAAACCCAGUGCCUUACCAUGCAGCAAUACAAAGAGGAGAAGGAGAAGCUGAAUAGGGAAGUGCUGGAGCUGAGAAAAGUGCUUCAGGAGGAAGAAGAUUCAGAGAGGAGAUCCAAUUUGGGUACUGCCAGCUCUGUUUUUUCUCCCCAGACUCGUGAGGAAGAAAAUAAGAGACUGAAAGAUGAGAUGAAAAGGCUCAAAGAGGAGGUUGAGCAUGUCAUGCAGCUGUUGGAUAAGAGUGAAAGACAACUUAAGCAAAGAGAGAAAGAAGUGGAAGGACUCAAAGCUUUUAAGAACCAGGAAAACCAUGCCAAAGCUGUCUUUACUGCUGAGGGGAUUAAUACAGAGGAAGCCAAUCAGGAAAGUGGACCUGAUGAUAAUGGAAAUCUGGAUACAUCAGGACAAGGGGAUAUUCUGAUGGCGCGGUACUUGACCUCUUUUCCUGCUGCAUAUUCACAAUCUUCAGUGGUAAAUGAAAGCUUCAAACAGCCCAGUCAGCUGGAUGUGUCUGCCGACUGCAGUUUUGAGCUUAACAGCGAAGUUUUCGGCGACCAGCCCCUGCUGUCAAUUUCAAACCGCGUCUGUGAAGAAAACGAGAACAUUGAGAACAUCAGCAGCUCACAGUACGGUGACCCACAAGCCGGCAAUCCCCGUGAUCCUUUAGCCUCUCUCUGGCCUCACAGCUCAGCUUCUGGUGAAAUGGGGUUGAGUCAAAUGUCUGAGCAGCAGUUUGAGGAUAUUGAUUUGGAGAAACAAUUGCUGAGCCAGCAGUGUGGGGAGCUGCGUGAGGAGCUGGUUCUAAAGGAGCGGGACUUGGGUGUGUUAAGGGAGGAAGUCAUCAAGACUGCAGAGGAGUUGGAGGAGGCACGGAGCAGGUGGGCCCAGGUAACAGAGGAACUGCAGGAAGUUCUCGGCGAACUUGAAGAAGAGAGGGAGAGAAGGAGACUUGUUGAGGAGGAGAUGAACUUGAAAGCUCAUGAGCAGGACAGCUCUACCAUCAAAGCUUUAAUGGACGAAAUGGGAAAUGAAACUGUAGGAACAUUAAUGGGACUAGAAGCUGGAAGAACUGCUGAAACCUCCCUGUUUAACUCUUCAUCGGAAUAUGUGGGUGAACCUUCAGGGAAAAUAAAUGAGGAAACGGAGGAAAAGAUUUCGCUUUUGGCCCCUCAAAAUCAGGAGGAGCCGCAGGUGGAGAUGAAGGCCUACUGUGACCAUCUAAAAUCCGAACUAGAGGAGACAAAGAUGGAACAGAAAACUGCAUCAACCCUCUUAAGUCUGAAGGUGGCCGAACUCGAUGCUCUGUCCAAAGAGCUUGAAAUGACUCGGGAACAGUUUCAGAAGCUCCAAGCUGAAGUCGACAGACUACAGCAAGAACUACUGAAAAGCCAGGACAGUCUAGACUGUGCUGAAAGGCAAAAACAUGAGCUGGAGUCUCAAAUUCACAGCCUGAGAGAAAACCUGGCCUGUAUGGAGGAGGCGCAGGCUCUUUUUGUGAAACAGAGGGAGGAGGAGAAGAGAAAGGAACAGCAGAUGGACGAACAGAUACAAAAGAUGGAACAGGUCCUAGAGGAGGAACUCGAACAGUUUGAGAACAUGAUGAAAGCCAAGGAUGCUGAGUUGGCUGAAGAGAAGGAAAAAUGGGAGGAGGAGAGGCAGGAGAAGGAAAAGCUCAUUGAUGCGACUCGUUUGCUGGAGGAAAAAAUGAAAGGAAAGGAAGAGGAGGUGAAGACUCUCCUUGAAAAGCAGGCCAUGGCUGUGGAGGAAGCUUCAGGAAGACUUGAAGCUUCUCAUGAGCAGGAAAUAAAAGACUUGAUGGCAAAACAUCAACAAGAGAUUUCUGAGUUGAAUGAUCACCUGGAGACAGAGCUGCUGAAACAGCGGGUCAGUAUGGAGGAAGAGCAGAAGCGACAGAUCACCUUCAUUAAAGAGGUAACUGAACGGGAGCAUGAGAGGAUGGUGUCAGAACUGACGGCCAAACACAACGAGGAGCUUGAACAACUGAGGACAGAGUUGUUCCUGGAGCUGAGGGAGAGCAUGGAAGCUGCCCACCAGGCUGAGAUGCAUCAGGCACAGGCCCAGAAGACCUUGGAGCUUGAAGCUCUACGUCUGAGCCUGACCACAGUUCAUAUGUCUCAGCUGGAGACUUCCCAAGCAAACGUGCAGCAAGAGCAACAUUCUGCUCUCUGUAAGCUCCAGGCCUCAAUGAGGGACACUUUCACCCAGGAAAGUGCUCUCCUUCAAGCUCGGCAUCAGUCGGACCUGGACAAAAUCAACCAACAGAACCAAGAGCAGCAAGACAGGCUGCAGAAGCUGCACCAGAAAGAGAUUGAUGAGUUGAAGCAGCAUUGGGAGAGCCGCUCUGGUCAGGAGAGAGCUUCAAUGGAUGAGAAGCAAGAUAAGGAAAUACAGGCUCUAAGAGUACAGUGGGAGACGGAAGCUGAAACAAUCUGCCAAAGGUCCUUAUCAGAGAUUCACAACCGUCUCAAUGCCGCACAGACGGAACUGAUCAACACCCAGGCCUCCCUUGCAGAAACAAGCAAUGCUCUAGCAGAUGCCAGAGCAGCUCUGCCUCAGACCCAGUCUGAACUGCAGGAGACGAAGGCCGCACUGGAGGAACUCCAAACGUCCAGUAAGGAGCAAGUCCAGAAACUAGAGGAAGACCUGAAACAAGCCUGCGCCGACAAAGAUGCUGCUGCCAGUAAGUUGCGUCGUGGUACCCUUUCUUUCUCAGAUUCUUUGGAGGAGUUAGUUUGUAGUCAUAAGACAGCCCUGCAGCAGAAAGAGCAGCAAAUACUCCACCUUGAGGAAAAAGAGAGGCAACUGCAGCAAGAGGUUUUGCACCUUCAGGAAGAGAAGGCAUUGCUUAAAAAGAGCUCAGAAGAAGAAGUCGGUCUGCUGUGGACCCAGGUGGAAAGCAUGAGAGCUAGCCGUCAAGAGCUGGGAGAGCUGAAGGAGCAGCUCAUGGCUCGCUCAUCUCAGGUCGACGACAUCGAACAUCUAAAGACGGAGUUCAGUGAGCAGAAACGAGAAAUCAAAGUGCUGCAUGAGACUGAGCUGGAAAACCUCAGGAAGUACUUUGAGAAGCGGCUGCAUGCAUCGGAGGAGACCUACAAAGAAGAAAUAGCUCUGCUCCAGCUGAGGUUGGUCGAAAGUGCCUUGGAGGAAUCUGUAAUGAAAACUGCAGAGGACUGUACUUUGCAUCACAUUCCGGCCGAGGAAAAGGAUGUAAAGGAUGCACCUAUUGGUCGCGCUGAAUUACUCGACAAGUUGAGGCUUGAGCUGGAGGCAAAGCAUGCGAUGGACCUUUCCAAGAUUGAAUCUUCUUUGGCUCUUUCUUAUAAAGAAGAGCUGCAGCAGGUGCGCUCAGACCUCACCGACCAUUACUAUGAAGAGCUGCAGGGGAUGAAGACCCGUCAUGCCCUGGAAUUGGAGCAACUCAGAGCCAAACUUUCAGAAAGUCAUUUACAAGAUCUCACUACAGUACACUUGAAGGCAGAACGGCAGGUAGAGGUUGAGGUAGAACAGAGGAUGUGGCAUCUCACUGAGGAGCUGCAGACAAGGACAACAAUCAUCCACACCCUUGAGAACAGCCUUGCUGCCUUGAGUAAACGGCAAAAAGCUGAUCAUGGGGAGGAUAUUCUGGAGAAGCAGAGAGAAGAGCUUCAACAGAAACAUGAAAAUGAGAUCUCUGCCUUGAGGUCAGACCUAAAAAGGGAGAAGAAGUGCCUUGAAGAAGCUCUUGAAAAAAGAGCGCAGAUGAAGUCUCUUGAAGUUGCUCUGAAUGAUGAUGAAAAAGGCCCACAGCUUCUAAUGGUGAAACAAAGAUUGGAGGCUCAGUAUGACAACGAGCUGCAAAAGGCAAAGAACAGCAUGGCUGUAGAAAUAAAAGAGCUCAAAGUUCGGCUUCAGGAGCAGAGCGAGGAGACGCUUGGACUAGCCCAGCAAAGGUUCCGAGAGGAGAAAGCGGCUUUGGAGCAGCAUUUGGUCCAGAGAUAUGAAAAGUCUAUGGCAGAGCUGGAAGACAAACAUAAAGCUGAGCUCGAACAUGAGAGGACAACGCUCCAAAACAAGCACUCAGAAGACAUGAAUGCCCUCAGUGCCAAACACAAAGCACAGCUAGACUCACUCAGUGCCUGUCACAGAGAUAUGGUCAUUGAGCAUGAAAAUAAGCACAAAGCUGAACUUGUUGCACUGGAAUCAGCUCUCCAUUCUAAACAAAUGGAGGACCUUAGAAAGCUGGAAGCUGCUUUUCAGGAGACGAGUCAGGCACAGCUGGAGGCUUUGGAAGCAGAAUUGGCUCGCACACACCAGGAAGAGCGGGAUGAACUGGAAAAGAGAAUGCUGGGUAACAUGGACACUUUGGAGGCCACCUACUUAAAAGAAGUGCAGGCUUUACGUGAUGAAAUUAAUCAACUUGAGGAGAAGCAUCGUCAGGACCUGAUUUCCAUGAGUUCGGAGCACAAACAGCUGAUGGAGAUCCAGGCUGCCGAGCAGCUGUCCAUCAGAGAGGAGCUGAAGAGAGAACUGGCUCAGGUACACAUGGAGAAGUUCAAGGCUAUGGCAGCUGAGCUCAGCCACGUUCACAAGAUUGAGCUGGCUGCUCAAAAAGAGACUUUAGACACAGAACACUGCAAAGCCUUGGAAGGACUUAAGCAGCAGGUUCUAGAACUCGAGCAGCAGCACAGCACUGCCCUGCAGGAGCUCUCACAGUCUUACAGCUUUGAAAAGGAACAGCUCGUAGAACAGCAACAAACUCAGCUUCUGGAACUGAGGGGAACUUCUGCACGUGAACUGGAUGCUUGUCGCAGGGAGCUUAAAGAAGAGUCGGCAAGGCAACGGGAGCACUUCCUAGAAGAGGUGGAGCUCCUCAAAGUUCAAUCAGAAGAGCGACUUCAGGAUAAGAUUAAUCAACUAAAGACGGAAUUUGAAGAACGGAAAGAGGUGGAGCUUGAAGAUUUGAGGCAGAGCUUCACAUCUAAGCAUCAGGAAAAGGAAGAAAGCUACACAAGCAAAAUGAGCCAGCUCACCACCCAGCUCCAGCAGCUAGAUGCUGUAGUUACCCAGCUGCGAGCAGAAAUUGGGUGCUUGCAGGUAGAGUUGCAUGGAAAACGUUCCGAGAUGGAGACGUUGGACACCCUCCUUCAAAGAAGGGAGCGUGAGAGUCAGGAGGGGGCCAACCUUCUCAAGAUGCUCACUGAUGACUUACAGGAUGCCAAAGAGCAAAAGAGCAAACUGCACAAUGCAAAUGAAAAGAUGAGUAAGGUGCUGAUUGAGAUGCUGCGUAGUGUCAUAGCAACAGAAGAACUGAUUGGACAAAAGAUCAGCACCAGGAUCCAAACAAAUGAGCAGAAAGUACAGAGAAGUUCAACGGGGAAUAAAGAUCAAGAAUCAGGUAUUUCAGUUGCAGAUUUGACAUCAGAGGACAUGGAGCUGACCCAAAUGCUCUGUGAGAGUCUGCUGGUUACAGACACUCAGAUCAAUCCAGGAGGAGAAGAAUCGGCUCUUAAAGCUUGCAGCAGGUUACGUCUGGCGGUGGAGACACUCCUGGACCUGCUCAACCAAGCUCAUACUCAGCUGGAGCAGACAUGCAGUGUUCAUUUCACUCUUGAGGAAAAGUUCUCCCAGGGCAGAGAAGGCACCACCCAGCUACUUGAACAGCACAGGCUCCUGAUGAAGCAGCUCGAUGAGGAGGCCAAGCUGAAGAGCCGUCUCCAACUGGAGCUCCACAAGGCAGAGGGGCUUCUGGAGGGCUAUGUGGCUGAAAAAGCUGCCCUAGAGGAGUCUCUGCAGCAGAAGGAGACUCGAGAAGAGAAGCUCGUGGAGGAGCUGGAAGACCUAAAGGUAAAGCUGCAUAAGAUGCAGGGCCUCACCGCGGAGGUGGACAGUGUCAGAGUAAAGUAUCAGGAGCUCACUGAGGAGCACGGCAUUCUCCUGCGCCAGAAGGAGCAUCUCUCCGCUGGACUUGGGGAGAGAGAAAAAGCUUUGCUGGCAGAGACGGAGCGUUUGACCCAGGACAGACUGGACUUGCAGAGGCAGGCAGAAAAAGACCACAAGUCUCUCUCCCUGCGCCUCAGGAACCUGGAGAGAGAGCUUGAAGAUCAGGAAACUAAAGGCCUGGAGAAAGAGCUGCAACUUAAGAAUCAUACUGAAGACCUUAGUCAGCGUGUUCAAGCACUCAAGAAGCAGCUGAAACACGAUAGACAGUUUAUAGAGGAGCAGGCUGUGGAGCGUGAACAUGAACGAGACGAGUUCCAGCAGGAGAUCCGCAGGCUUGAAGCCCAACUCAGACAGACAGUAAAUGUAGAUAUCAAGGCACACAAGUUUGAAGACUUACUUCUUCAGGUGGAGAGUCUUCAAGCAAUAAUCAAAGAUAAAACAGAAGACUAUUCUUCAUUACUUGAGGCCAAUCAGCAAGCGCAGCGUGAUCUAGCAGAGCGCAAUGAGGAGAUAGACAAGCUAGCGGGACGAAUCCGAGAGCUGGAACAAGCCCUCCUCAACGGUGCCGAAAGUGUUGGAACUGUCAGUGAUCUGGAGCAAGAACUGCACAAAGCAAAGCAAAGGGAACAGGAGCUCACACAAGAUAAGCUUGCUCUGGAGCAGCAGCAGCUGUCCAGCAGGCUUCAAAUCUCAGCUCUCCAGUCCAAGCUGGAUGAGACGAGGCACUGUUACCAUGACAACACCCGUGACCCCACCCAGGAGCUUAUGGAUGCCUUGGAUGCUGCUCAGCAAAAUCUACAUUGCAAAGAGCAAGAGGUCGAAGUCUUGCUUAGCCAGUUGGAAAAUGUGCAAAGUUGCUUGAACCAAAAAGAGGUUGAACUGAAACACCUCACAGCUCAGCUUGAACUACUGACGAAUAAGAAUGUGGCGCAAGUUCAGGAGCUCAAAAAGGAAAUUUCUUCCCUCAAAGACACAGUGUCCACCCUCACUGAUCUGAUUGAAAAAAAGGAACAAAUUCAGAUGGCAGAAAAUGAGGAGGAGACCCUCCCUGCAGCACUUCUUCAGGAGAAAAACCAGGAGAUCGAUCAUCUUAACUGCGAGAUCCAAAAACUUGAGCAAGAGCUAGAGAGUGCAAGGAGCAACAAAGUCAGUGCUCUGAAGGUUGAGCUGGAGGAUCUGCAAUCUCGGGUCGAGCAUCUUCAGUCUGAAAUCACAAGAGUGCGUCAAGAAAAACAAGAAGAAGAGGAGCGACUUCAUGAGGUCAUUAGCACGCUGCAGGCAGAGCUCGCCACCCUGGGUCCCAAUCUGCAUGAGGUCAGUGACUCCCAAGAUGGUGACAGCAUCAAUCCCUCACCUUCCCCCAGCCCUGAACCUCACAUGGAGCACCUCCAGGAGAAGAGGGGAGGUCCAAACAGCCUGAAGCAUGAAAUCAGCCUCACACAUUCUGCUGCCUCCUCUUCUGUUCGGUCUCGUCUCAAAGCCCUGCAGAGUCAGUUUGAAACUGCUGUGGCAGAGAAAGAAGGACUGGAACGCCUGCUUCUCUCUCAGGAGGAAGAGUACCAGACACAAGGGGAAGAGUUUGGAAAGAGAGUCAGAGCCGAGAGGGAAAAGUUGGAUGAAAUCCAGGGUCUCCUCAGACUGAGGGACACGGAGUUGGAGGAAGAGAAAGAAAAGAGAAAACUGUCAGAGGAGGAGAGGGACAGAAUGAAAGUUAAAGCUGAAGAGGCAAACACAAUACGAGAAGAGAAAGACCACCUGAACUCGGUUGUUUUGUACUUGCAGAAGAGUGAACAAGAGCGAAUGAGAGAGAUCGAAGCUUUAAAAACAAAGGACCACGAGAUUAAGCUGGAAAUGGAGGUCCUGAGAGAAGCCAGCCUCACUCUUGAGAAGCAAGUCCAGGAAGUAAGAGCAGAAAACGUGGAGAUGGCUAAAGGGGUUGCUGAAGGAAGAGGGAGGAUUAAAACCCUGGAGACUGUGAAAGGAGAACUUUCAGCAGAACGCGAGGCACUAAGGGGACGAGAGUGUCAGCUCCAGGAGGAAAUCAAAAAGCUUAGAAAAGAAGUUGGGUCAAUGAAGGUCCUCAUCCAGGAGCUGACGUUUAAGCUAAGAGAAAAAGAAAUCAGUCAAGAAGAGGCUCAAAAGGAGGUUCUGACCCAUGCUGAUGUAACCCUGGCCAAAGCAGACGUUGCCCUGAGACAGAGGGAGUCAGAGUUUGCCAAACUGAAGGCUGAAAGUGAGACUCUCAAGACUGAGCUGGCCGCAGCGAAACAGGGGCUGAGGGACAGCUCAGAAAGGGCUGGAGCACUUCAUGAGAACAGACAGAUCAAAGAUGGAGAUCUAUUUGACAUGGAAGCUGAAAACCAGCGAAUGAAGGCAGAGCUUGAACGUCUUCAGGAGGAUGUGGUUGUACAGGAAGAGGAGCUAGCCUAUCAGCGGAGAGAACUGGAGCAGCUCCGUCUACGGUGUCAACAACAAGACAUAGUUCCUCACCAUCAGAACUACCAGAUCAAGGAUAUUUCUCACAGAACCUUUGAGGAGGUUCUUAUAGUCUCUCGUGAUGAAGCCUCUCUGAGCUCCCCAGAGGUUUUGAGGAGACUCGAAUGUUCUGAGGACAGAAUCAGAGAACACAUCCACGGCUCUGUUCUAGACUCCCGUCUGUCUGAGCUCAGUGGUCUGAACUGUACAGGCCUGGAUCCUCCCCAGGAGAAAACAUCUCCAAGGGUUGUGAUGGAGCCUCCACACUCCAGGACCAUCACCCCAGAUCCAGCCACACAAAGUACCCACUCCCCGGGCUCUUUGUCCGUGUCCGACCGAUUCUCUGUGCUGGAUUCACUGGACCCUGACAAACUGGUUGAGUUGGAACUUGACCUGACAGCACCUCCGUCUCCACUUGGUUCCACCUCCUCCUUCUCAGCACAAGAGUGGAACAGUGAUGGAUACGGGAGCAAUGUGAGUUCAGAACUAGGAGCUAGACUGAAAGUGGAGCUGGAACAGACAGAAAGGCUGGAUGCUCAGUUUGUUCAGUAUCUCCGCUGCAGAGGAAUAAACCCCACCGCCAACACAGACAGUGCUGCAGGAAGUAUGAGCUACAGCGAUGACUUGUUGUCGCCUGAGCUUCAGGGUCUGUUGAGAAAAGUUUACCAGGAAAGCUGCAGAAUUCUCACUCUGAGCCAGCGCCGCAGCACACCUUCAUCUCAACCCAACACUUCAGAGCUAAAAACCUUCUCAUCUAGUCGGACCCAGCAUCACUUUGAAGAAGGCUCAACCCUGCUGGACCACAGGGAUAAUUCGGCUUCCUCUAAUCCUCCCAUGAGCUGGCAGCAGGAGAAGAGAGCCUUGCAGGAGACUGUGGUCGCUCUUAGAGAGCUGCUUUGUCGAAUGGCACAAAGACAAACACAAACUGAUUACAGUGAUGAUGGCUGGCACAGAAGUCAGCUACAGUCUGAUGGACACAUUGAAGCCCAACUGAAGGUUGAGCUGGAGGAAAACCAGAGACAGCUAAAAUGUGCCCAUGAUGCUUUACAAGAGCAUAAGAACAAAAUGCUUUCACACAGGCUGGCCGUAGAAGAGGCUGAAGAAGCUUUGAGAACUGAACAGAAAAGAUUCCAGGAGCUUCAGCAAGAGCUGGAGCAAGAGAGAGCUCUGGUUCUCCGUAAAGACCGAGAGGAGGAGGAAAGGAGAGAGGCUGUUCAGGUUUCCUCUGAGAAGUUUAAGUGUGAGGUUAUGUCUCUGAAGGGUCAAGUUGAGCAGGAAAGGGUGGCCUGCAGCAACCUCAGGAGGGAGCUCCAAAUCGAACAGUCCCGUAGUGUGCUGUUAGAGAAGCGUUUGGAGGAUGCACAGAAAGAGCUAGAAGGUGAACGCAAACGAUUUACCCUUCAACAAGAACUCCUCCUACAAGAACAGUCUCGAGUUCAGCGUCUCCUGAUUGAAGCAGAAUCUCACCUGACUGAAAGUCGCUCUAAGCUUGCAGAUUCUCACAGGAAGCUUGAUGAGGAGAGACAGCAUUGUUCUAGACAGAUGGAUGAGCUGAGCCGCAGACAUGAGGCAGAUUCAGCAAAGGAUCAGAAGUUCAUCUCAGAUUUGUGCUCCCAGUUAGAGCAGGAGCGAAGGCAGGGGGAGGACCUGGCGGCUGUGAUGGACAAACUCAGGGCUGAGCUGUUGCAAAGCAGGAGAAAAUGGGAAGAAGAAGACAGAAUAAGACUGGAAGAGCUUCAGAAGGAAAAAGAAGCUGCCACCAGGCAUAAAUUUGCUGCCGAGGCCUUGAAAGAGCAAAAACAGGAGCUCAGCAGUACUCUAGAGAUGGAACGACACCGGACCAGACAGCAAGACGUGAAACUAACACAGCUGAAGGAAAUGCUUCAACUAUUAAAGGAGAAGGAAAGGGAGAGAGAUGACCAGUUGGAGAAGCAGAGGAGAAAAGAAAGACAAGAGCUCGUGGAAAGCGAAAUGCAACAGGAGAGAACCAAUAGCAACUUAUUGGAGUUGGAGUUACUGAGGCAGAAGGACCAGCAGCGCAUGCAGGAGCGGCAGCAGUCUCUUACAGACCUGGAAAGGGAAGAGAGGGAGAUGGCUGCUCAGAGGCUGUCAGGAAAGACACCAGGACUGCUACACCAUAAAGCAAUGUCCCCACAGCGUCCCCACAGCAGCUCCCAGAUGGAUGGGGCCCAAGCAGGUGCCUCACAGCAGCACCUGCAGAUGGCAUCCACAUCAUCAUCCGAUCUGUUUGAAUCAUUGGUGAAGGAGAACUCUGAGUUGACCCAACGUGUGACAACCCUGAGUCUGGAGAGGGCCACUUACAAAGGUAGACUCGCCAACCUGGAGAAACAGCUGCGCCGCACAGAGUGCGAGCUUGCCAAGGUCACCACAGAAACAGAAAAUCAACCCAUCAGUGAUUCGGUCAACAGUAGGCUGCAGCGUUAUUAUGAGCGCUACCUGCGGGCUGAGAGCUUCAGGAAAGCUCUGGUUUACCAGAAGCGAUACCUGCUCCUGCUGCUGGGAGGCUUCCAGGACUGUGAGGAGGCCACUCUGUGUCUCAUUGCUCGUAUGGGAGUGCGGCCCUCGCCUCCCCUCAUAUCCCAGCGAAGACCCCUCUGGAGAUUCAGGGCUGUGGUCCGAGUUGUGAUAGCUGUGUCAAGAAUGAGGUUUCUGACCAGAAAAUGGCAAAGAGCGAUCAGAAGGGUUCCGUUAUCUGGAACCACCAAUGGGCAUGCUCCAGGACCUAAAGCAGACGUUUUAAGGCAGCAGCAGCCAAAGAUAAAUUCUGACUCUGCACAGAACAGAGAUGGCAGUGGUGCCCGAAGAGACGCUGUGUCAUCUCUGGCUCCACCUGGCAAAACAUUCAGACUGCAAAGAAGGCCACACUCCACUGCCUCUGUAGCCUCUGGUCACUCUGCUGGAACAUCCCAGGAUCCAGAACGCUCCCUGACAGAAUAUAUCCAUCAUCUGGAGAAGGUACAGCAGCGGUUGGUGGGAUCUAGACUAGAAGGUUUAUCUGCCUUCCAGUGUGACCCAAAGUAAUCCAACCACUGAAGACUGAAUGUUGCCUUUGUGUUUUAGCUCCAAACUGACCAUACCUUAAUGCCUUGAAGGAUUUUUAUAAUAUUUCUUUUUUUGUAAUUUUACAUGAUUUCUUUUAAACACGUAAAUUAUUUUUGUAUUUUUUAAUGUAAACUUCUUUUUGUAUGUCUGCUGUUUUUUUUAGGGUUAUUCUAAAGAUGCAGCUGGAACAAACAUUUCUCAAGAUUUUAAAUAGUGCUUUAUUUUGUGUUCUGUAGCUGAGAACGAUUGUGCAUCUUGCUAAAUCUGCACUGGUUUCAUACUGGAACUGAGCGAUGCACACUAUGCCGAGGGAGCAGAUUGUUGUAUAAAGAUAAACUGUAUAUGCCGGUGUUUGUUUUUACUUUAACAUUAAAGAAGACACUAUGCUCUCUUAACUCAA